AUGAGGAUGUGGCCAGCCGCACUAGGGUGGAUCUUCCUCAUCUCUUUCACCUGCAUUCAUGCUCACAUCGGAAGGGGACUGAGUCUGGGGAACACUUCGCUUUCUGUCAUAAGUCAAAAUAAGCGCGCACAUUUUGCGAAUGAGUCACAACUUGCGAACGUCACUAGCUUCAAGAAGCAAUGCCGAGUCGAGGACCUCCCAGUAUCGGGGAAACUACGGAAAGCUUAUCCGAAAGACAACAAGAUUGCCUCUAUCCAAGAUCAUGAUGAGGACGCCAAAGAGCUUUGGGCAAAAAUAAAGUCCUCCAACACAAUACCCUCUAACGUGGAGCAAAAGCAGGGUGUGAAACAUCAUAUGGCCAUUUCGAAGCACGAGUCACAUCAAUACAGCGAUUCAGCUGAUCCUGAUUGUUGGUGGAGUGCUACCAUGUGCACUAAACCAAAAAUCAACGUGACGGAAGAUAUCACGUUUUGUCCUGAACCCGAGACUUGGGGCCUCACAUUUGAUGAUGGACCAGAUUGUGGUCACAAUGAAUUUUAUGACUUUCUGCAGAGCAAAAAUCUUCGUGCUACUAUGUUCUAUAUCGGCUCAAAUGUUUUGAAUUAUCCUCUGCAAGCGCAGCGGGCCAUCACGGAUGGUCAUGAGGUUUGCGUCCACACAUGGUCGCAUCAUUAUAUGACCACACUUGAUGAUGAACAAGUUUUUGCUGAACUAUACUAUACUAUACGCAUUCUCAAAGAUGUACUUGGCGUCACUGUUCGUUGCUGGCGGCCUCCUUUUGGAGACGUCGAUGACCGUGUCCGUGCGAUUGCAGAUCAGCUUGGUCUUCGAACGAUUAUAUGGAGUAGAGAUACUGACGACUGGAACGUCGAACCAGACGGUGAUGCUUCUAAGGAAAAGAUCAACUCUAACUACGAGAGUAUCAUAAAUAAAGACGCGAAUUCCAAUUCUAGCUCCAGCGGUAAUAUCGUUCUCACUCACGAGCUUAGCCGGGCUACCAUGCAUGAAUUCAUGAGGAUGUAUCCGAAGAUCGAGUCUGCAUUUGAACAUAUUGUUCCUGUCCACGUUUGCAUGAACAAUUCACAUCCUUAUGUUGAAAAUGCCCCUACAUACCCUAGCUUCCAAGAAUUUGUAUCCGGUGACAUAAUCGCUAGGAAUAUACCUAACAUGGAUAAUUACUCAAUUCAAGUUGCCUCUAAACUGAGCAUAACGCCUCUUGAAGAGCAAAAUCAUACCAACAAUUCUAGUGAUUCGGCACAACACACUUCAGAUCCAUCUUCGGAUCCAUCAUCAAGUACGCAUGUCACCGCGUUUUCUCCGCAUCUUUCUAUCACCCUCACUUUUCUCACGAUUAUGGCGAUCUGGCAUAUCUGA